ACCAGAAUGGAUAAUCGUCAAUUCUUUAAUCAUAUAAUUAAGAAUAUUGACGAUGUUUUUGGUAAAAUAGAAAAUCACAGCUGUGAAGAAAAUCCCAUAUUUAAAACAGAGCAAGGCAAAUAUUUAGCAGAAAACCUAGCAGAUCCCUUGAUCAAAGCUUUAACACAAGUUGCACAAAAACGCCCACAAGAUCCCCUACAAUAUUUGACAAAUUACCUGCAAACAUUUGUGGCACAGCGUAAUACAAACGGACGCACAGUAGUACAGGCGGCUAUCCAUUCAGGCAGUAGUCACACCGAUUCAACAGCCCUGGCGGUCAAUUCAGAAAAUGAUUCCCCCGAAGAAAAACAAAUUAUUCCAACAUCGCGAAUGAAUGGUCACGUGACGCACGAUAAAUCAGAGGAUAUAGAAACCGAACAACAACUUGACGAUGAUGAUACUGAUGAAGCUGAAGCUGCAUUAUCCAAACGUCUAGAAGAACGAGAUGAACAUGGCCAGAGUAUGUUACAUUUUGCCAGUGCUCGAUCACAUCGUCGUGGUGGUCUGCUACAAUUAAUUGAGGAAUCGAAAGUCGAUAUAACAUAUCGUGAUGAGUUGUAUCGAACGGCUCGAGAUGUUGCAUUGCAGGCGAAUCAAGUCGUCAAUGCCAAGGAUAUUGAUCGUUAUUUGAUAUCGUUGGCAGUUGUUGGUGAUGUAAAACCCUUCGAGUAUUUUGCCAUUGCCGGAUAUGAUCACAUCAUUGACGUUAUGGAUGAUGACAAGACAAUUAUUGAAGUAGCCGAGACGAAGGGUCACACGGAAUUGGCAACUUACUUACGUACAAUACGUCCUAUGGAGGAAAUGCGCGAAGAACUUCAUCAAAUGAUUCGUGAUCAUAAAGUGGAUCGAGUUAAAGAAAUUGUGGCUGGACCAGAAGGCAAAUGGUUAUUAAUGGCUAGAAAUUAUUAUGGAAGAACAGCCCUCCAUAUAGCCAUAUUAAAAGAAGACGAAGAACUGGUGGAACAUUUCGUCAAAAUCUGUCCGGAGGCUUUAAAGAUUGGUGAUAAUUUGGAACGUUCACCCCUACACUAUGCCAUGGGUACGAAUUUGGUCGAAAGCAUUAGUCGAAUACUGAUACAAAAUGGAGCUAAGCGUACAAAUAAGGAUUUAAAGGGUCGUCAACCGAGUUAUUAUUUUAUGAACAAAGCUGAUAUUUUGCGUUUGCAAGAGGAGGAGGAUGAAAGUCGUUAA